CCCAACCACACGAGGCCCAGAGCCCCAGAACGGCACCGCUAAUCAUCGAUCGAGCAGUCACUCUCGUGAUGAGAUGAUUAGCUAGCAAACUGGAAACGUGUCAACUCUCUCAGCCGCCGCCGCCGCCGGCGGCCGGAUCUAGCUAGGCUCCACGCAGAGGCGGGCAAGCAGUGACCCGUGCAUCAGUGACUGUGCAGUGAACCCGACAGCUCCAUCGUGCCUGUCGUCGUCUUGUCCAAGCAUCCACAUCCAUCCCAUCCAUCGCGCAUUAUUGGAUCCAGUGUGUCCAGCAACGAAGGCAAACCUUUGACGAUCCCCCAUCCAUCGCGAGGAGGAGGCAUGGCGGAGGAAGCGUCUGCGCCCGCGCCUGCGCCGGGGGAGGGGAAGAUGACGAUGGUGGUGGGGGCCGACGAGAGCGACCACAGCUACUACGCGCUGCAGUGGGCGCUCCAGCACUUCUUCCCGCCGGGCCAGCCGCAGCAGUACCGCCUCGCCGUCGUCACCGCCAAGCUCCCCGCCGUGUCCGCCGUCGGCCUCGCCGGGCCAGGCGCGGCGGACGUGCUGCCGUUCGUGGAGGCGGACCUCAAGCGCAGCUCCCUGCGCGUCAUCGACAAGGCUAAGGAGCUCUGCGCGCAGGUGAGCGAUGCUGUGUUUGAGGUGGUGGAAGGCGACGCAAGGAACGUCCUCUGCGAGGCGGUCGAGAGGCACCACGCCGAGAUGCUGGUCGUCGGCAGCCAUGGCUACGGAGCAAUAAAAAGGGCUGUUCUUGGAAGCGUGAGUGAUUACUGCGCCCAUCACGCACAUUGCACUGUGAUGAUAGUAAAGAAGCCAAAGCACAAGCACUGAGAUAUGCUCCAGUCUGACUGACGAGUAUUCUCAAAUAUAUGUAUUGCCAAAUUGUGUAUGUGUCUGUUUGUGAAUAAAUGGAUCAUCAGCAUCACAUGGAGGUUACUUCUUCAAGUACCUGACACAAUAUUUCAUCAUCUUGAUUGAGAUGUACAAAUAAUUACUGUCUAGAAUUUCAAAACAGUGUCUGUUUAUGAUUCAUGCAAUGCAAUAUGUAUAUGUAUAUGCGAUUGCAAAUUCGUUGCAGUGAGCGUGCAUUUACUUUUUCA